AUGACAUCGGCACCCCUCCUCAAGCUGCACUACGCAAGUCCAGAAGAUGUCGCACAAGACCUUGACAUGGUAAUUCAGUCCUGUUCUAGUUUGUCAGAAUGGUCUUGGGAUGGAGCUAGCGUUGAACAACCUACGAAAUGGAACAGCUUCGUGCAAGAUGUCACCCCGGUAUCUGAAGCAGACGUAGCUGGUCUUGCGGGCAAAGUUCAAGUGACCCCAGAGAUCGCACUCUCAUUCUCGCUCCUCUCUUCGCAAGGUAGCACAGAAGCUGCAUUCAAUGUUUCUGCGCCGACGACAUCUCCAGAAACCGUGGCCAAAGUAAAAGAUGGCCUGGUGGAACGAUCAAAACAGUGGGCAGAAGAAGGCAUCGAGUCUCUUUUCUUUUUCGACCUCUUGACUGUGGCCCAGACACUUGUUGCUGAUCUGCCCGUUCAAUCUCACCAAUCAAGCACCGCACCGGGCAAUUCCGGCGCGACAGCCAGCACCGAGGAAGAGGCAAAGGCAUCAGAGCCACCAUCAAUCGAGCUCGCACGAGCAUUCUUCUGGUCGCACCAUCUUAAAGCUCCUUCGAAGCUGAAGGACUUCAACAAUUGGUGUCCAGAGCUGAGGAUAUGGGGCAUCGUCAGGGUCGGAUGGCCCGGCUAUCUCUGUUUUGAGGGCGAAGCAAGUGCUGUCGAUGAGAUGGUAAGAAGGGUCAAGGGGCUGCAGUGGCAUGCUAUUCAGCUUCGUAUCCACAACAAGUGGGAUUGGAAGCCGCCAAAUGGGAAGGCAGCAAUGGAUGAUGCACUGCUGUCUUGCGCCCUCACCAAAGGGCACCCAGACAACACACAUAGGGGAGAGGAGGGAGGGAAAGUAAGAACCGGAUGCCAGGUCAUCGAGGAUCUAGGAGAGCUAGUGGCAAGGCUGAAAGAAUGUGGGCUGGAGAAGGCCGAGAUCUCGGAGGCCUUAGGAAUUCGGGUAAGUGGUGACACAGCAUGA